UUUGAUCAAAUUUAUAGAGGUGACUGUCUGGAGCAAAGAAUAUAAUACUCACUAGGAGGUCUGGAGUAUCUGGUGGUGACUGAGUUUCUUUGAUAACAAGUAGUUUGACUUGACUCGAGUUUCGAACGCACAAUGCUCAGAGCAACGGACUCCAUGAAAAUGAUCAGCAUUGGGAAGAACAGCAACAGUUCAACACAAUCAUCAUUGAAGCUUGUUUUUUCAAUUGAUGCACUAGAACAAGGCACCCAUAUAAGCCAAAUCUUUGAUAUUUAUAACAUAGUAGACAUACAAUUUCUUCUGAAACAACAUGAAGACAAUGAAAUUGAUUAUUACAUCAGCGCAAAAAAAGUGGAAUCAGCCAGCACAAGCAAUUUAAAAAUUAAGAUUCAAAGAGCCUGCGGGGAUACUCACACCUGCCAUUUCACAUGUAGAGAUCACUGGAGCCAAUGGCAAUCUAUAGGAACAGGCUCAUCAAAUGAUUCAAAGAGAUACCUUGAUCUCUAUUGUACUGUCUCUAUCACUUCUAAUAGAAUCAAUGAAGUUACAAUAAGCCUUCAUGAAGACAAACAUCUUACCGACUUUCAAUUAAGCACCACUGAUGGCAAUGUUGCAGUACACAAAGCAGUCCUAGCUGCAAAUAGUCCGGUAUUCAAGACUAUGCUUAGCGGAGAAUGGAAGGAGACAACUGAAGGCUGCCUACAAGUGAAAGGUGUUACUCUCCGGACACUUAAUCAUCUGAAAAACUACAUGUAUUUGGGAGUUAUGCCUGACAGUGAAUGUGACAUUCGUUCACUUCUCUUAGUAGCACACUGCUACCUAAUUGAUUCUUUAAAGAAAGAAUGCAUCAUUAACCUUGCUCAAAGUGUGACCUCUGAGAACUUGUACAAAUUAUUAGAAUUUUCUACACUUAAUCGGAUCCCAGAGUUAACAUAUGCAAUACUUGAAGCUGUGCCAAAAUAUAUAGUGAAAAUUUGCCAGAAAAAAAUGAAGGUCCCAAAAGCUAACCAUUGACAUAAUUUUAUUAGACUUAGAAAAUCAGUUAAUUAUUAUCAAGCAUUUUUCAUUUGUUUAAAUAUUUGUAUGAUGAAGAUCAUGUUGAUUUAAUAUAUCAAAGUAAUAUUAAACAAUAUUCUUAGAUGACUAUUGUUUAAGUAGACAUAAUAUUUAUUUUAGGGACAAGGUAAUAUACAAAGUUGUUUAUAUCUAUUUUAUGAUACAUAGAUGGUGUUUAUGGCAAAUACCACUUCAUCUUCA